UCACUCUUCAGUUCCACCAUCCAUGGAUGUCUCCAGCUUCUUCACUCGCCUCUUGCAGGUCCCCAAGCACCCUCCCAGCACAGCACGGCCAGACCAUCUCGAAGACUUUGACAGUGCAUGGCAGAGCAUAAAGGAGACUUUGGAACAUCCGGAUGAGAGGCAAUUGGUGCGAGGAAUUUCUUCGACAGAGGUACCCGUACACCUUAGACAUAUUGUCGAUGCUCUUGUGUAUGAGAGUAACAGGACUGACGAGGAUACUACUGGGGUCUGCCUGGAAUACUUUUUGAAGAACGAUAUAUUGGCCCAUCUGGAGAGACUUUGUGAGGCGGACCGCCCACAUGGCAUCAAGGCUGAAGUUGUCAAAUCCAUCAACAACCUGGUUGUUCUCCUUUCGGAACGAUUCCUGGUACACAAUGCGGUUCACCGACCUCUUAGGAGACUCCUCAGAUCAUGUAUAGGUGACGAGCCCGAGGAGAAGCUAGACGGCACUCGGGUUUUCGGUGCAGCUGGGAUGGCGAAUGGCAUGGAGAGGGGAGCAAGCAACGAGGAUAUCGAAGGGGAUUUAGUGGACUUGAUGUGUGUCUUGUGUUCAAAGAUGAGAGCCUAUCCACCUUUGCUGCUCAUAUUUUUUCAUGAUAGAGGUUGGGCUCAAUCUAACAACAAUGUUUCUCAAGUUGAUUCCAACUCUAAUCGAGCCAGGUCUCCGACGCCGACGACCCAUACCACGCUUUCGGAACUACCUACGAAGACGUCUUCCAGGGCGACUCAUCAGUUUGAGUUUUUACUCUUUUCGUACCUCUUACGCUUCGUCCACCGCGAAGGCAGGCUGGGGGAUUUCGCUCGUGCAGGUUUGAUCUUCUUGUUUGACAUUGCAUUCUUGACACCUGGUGAAGAAGGAGGGGAGAAUCUUUCCUCGGGCCCAGGGAACAAUGGACCAGAUCCCUUACAAGAAGCGAGAGAUGCUCUUGGCGAGUUUAUUUUGGAUGGUGAUUUUGCAGACGUGAUGGCUGCGGCUCUUGGAGCAGUCUACUCCCUUUUACCUACAAAACUCCAAGUGCCCUCUAUAUCAUCGCAAGAAGUGCCAGAAGAAGAUAACAAGAAUAUAUCAUCAGGGGGGAUGCAUCUAGGAUCUGGGAUGAAAAGGCAAGACGGAGAGGAUAACAUUCAGUUGUCGACAGAUCUACACGUCCGAACUCAGCUCGACCUCUUGCUCAAAUUAUUCGGCUUCCUUCAAGACAUUAUUCGCCGAUGCAACUCCCCUAUCCUAUAUGCCGACCCUCAUUCCGGCGCUGUGACUGUUACACACGUCUUGGGAGGAGCCAUAGCUGGCGCUACACUCGACGCCAUCCAUUCUUCGUUUCUCGAUAACGUGCUUUAUCCAUCUCUUCUCGAGUGUUCAAGCCAUGACGGAAGCUCAGUCGCGGUGCUUACCUAUCUCGACGUCCUUUUUUCCAACUUGGAUGACGGUCCUAUCGUUGAUCGUGUCCUAUCAUUUUUGCUGGAUAUCGACCUUUCAGACACUUGCAUGCCCUUACCGGCGGUGAACUCGAAAAGAGAAAGGCAGGAAACUGGGGCUAUGCGAUAUGUUGGUCGGAUCCCCUUGAAAUCGACAGAGUACUUUGCGUCCGAGGGCCGGUUCACUCUCAAGGACCUGAUCUUGGACAACCUUUGUUCCGGGCAGUGGAAUUCAGUCACCGCGGCACUUUGUCUUUUACAGACUCUCCUGUCCAAUCACCCGCAUCAGGCUACCAGGGGCCUAUUAUCCUAUAUUCAUGAACCUGCAGCCACAGCUCUUGUUCGUAAUCCCAUCCCUCGCUCGCUCAAUCUCCAAUCGCCGGAUGCGUCUUUCCUACCAAAGCCUGUCAACUUUAGCGAUGCCCGAGAAGUGGAGCUCUAUGGCUCUCUUUUAUCUCUACUUGACCCUUUGCAGACAUCUAUUGAGAUGUCGCCGGGGUACGUGGGCUAUCUGGCAGAUAUGCAAACCGCUUUGGAAUCCAAUCCUUCAUUCCGCCUCGCGCCAAUCCUGCCAUUUGUGGAUGAAGAAGACGUGGGGGAGACUACUUUUAACAAGGCCAGCGUGAACGGCGGUGGUGGUGGUGGUAGAUUGGACGGAGAUGACCCUAUCCCGCAUAAACUGAGUCCGGCAGAUCCAUUGUUGCGGGCUGUGCUUGGCGAGUUUGAGAAAUUCCUGUGCAAAACGGCAGAUGAGAACGUGGCCAUGACCGGCGUACUCACCGCGAUGGCGUCAUGUCCCUAUCGCGCACUUGGCGGAUGGCUGCUUUACGAGAAAGAGGCCAGUGUGGGUCACAUGUCUUUGGGGGGGGACGAGUCGGAUUCAGAUGCCAGCUCGGACGUGUCGUUUUCUCGCCAUGUAUCGGAUGGGGAUCGUGAUCCGUUUGUCGGUAGGGGAUCGUCCGUCGACCUUCCUGUAAUCUAUCAAAUCCUCCGAUCGCUCGUCAAGCAGAUAUCCCUCCUGCGGAGACAGGUCCCGCAAUUUGAUCGUCUUUUGAGUGAGCGUCGACAGGGUUUACUGUUUGCCGACCAUUUGGACGAGGCGAUGAGCAUUAUGCUGGAUGUCGACCGGGCUGGCUCUACUGUCUUUAGCUCUCCUUCUGCAAAGAGCGGAGGAAAUGAAGCGUCAUCGUUAUUGACGACGAGGCGGAAGGGGGGAGGGGGCAGAAGCAGUGCCCUGGGUCUGGCGAGCAGCAUAAAGUCGUUUUUGACGCCAAAGAAGAAGACGGGUGCGCCGGGUACGCCGGGUACGGGUACGGGUACGCCGGGUACACCGGAACUCGGUAGUCACCCCCGCCUCGGUUUAUUCGCCGGGUUUUCCCCAUCUCCUCUCCCACCAUCCACGCCGCCCGUGUUCGCAGCGGGCCCAGCAUCGGGAACGAGUUCUCCUUCCUCCUCCCUGAUGUCCUCCGCAGAGCCCGCGCCCGCGCCUUUCAAAACGCAUUACGAUCAAACUCGUCAAAGUGUAUCCCUGUGCCUGUGCGACGAGCGCGAGCGCGAGCGCGAAGACGCGGACGCGGACGCAGAGGACGAGAGGGGGAUGAUCGUGACGGGUGUAUGGGGCGGCAAGGUGAAGACGACGACGACGACGACGACGACGCCGGUGUGGAGCGGGCGUCAUGGUAAGCGGCGUCCGGAUUUGAUCCAUCUGAGCAGUGUACCGGGAAAGAGUGGCGGGGCAGGCGGGGAUGGGGAUGUGUCGUUUUCGAUGGAUCCUGAUGAAAUCGAUCAACUCGUAAAAGAGGAGGAGGAUAAGCAAGUAUCUCUGAGUACAGUGCUGGACAACUGUGUGAUAUUAGAAGAGUUUUUAAAGGAGACUGUGGCGCUCAUUGUUGCUCGGAGGAUGCUGGGCGUCGACCAGGUUGGGUUUAUAUAAAAGGAAAGACAUGUUUAUACUGUUGCAUCUCGAUAUGGAGAGUGUUGUAAAUCCGCCGAAAACAUGCGACUGAAUGUGGGAAAGGGGGUAUGGAGAUAGAUAAAAAGCCCGGGAGGUAUUUCUAUAAAUACGUUUUUUACAAAUAUAAUGCUGAUAUAUCGGGGUGAAGGAAAAAUCGUGCUA